UUGGGGUAUUUAAUGCUUUGUUCCAUUGUUGCGGAGUGUGUUUUCCAGCUGGUCUGGCACAGGAGGGGGGACUCACUGUCCGAGGACACCAUUGCACUUUUCUUUUUUUUAACAGUCGCGUCUUUUUGUUUGUUCGUAGAGAUGUCUUUUUCUUGUAACCAGUCUUUAGAUGGUAGCUUUCCUCCGUCUCCAGCGGAGGGUCGGGGUUCAAACCGGCUGUCCUGGGGCAGUCUGCUGCAGAGGCUGACUGAGCUGAAGGGGAUCAAUCAGGGGGUCAGAGAGGAUCCUCAGUGCAGCAGGAGUGAAACUGGGUCUGUGGCAGACAUGUCCCUGUCAGAGUCAGACAGCAGCUUCUUCUGUUACCCCCUGGAGGAGACUUUGGCUGCAGAGGUUGUAGCAACCAUCACCCAGAGUCUCACAGAAGCAUCCCACAUCCUGGCCUGCUCCAAACUCAUCAUCCCUGACUGCCUUCUGCACUAUGUCCGUCAAGAGCUGCUCCAUUUGGCUGUCAGCGAGCCCUGCGGCCUCAGGGGAGCUCUCAUUGACCUGUGUGUGGACAGGGGGGACCAGGGCCCACUGUGCACUGUGGACCAAAUAGCAGUGGACUCCACCUUGGUCCCGACCUUUCAUGUGACUCUGGUGCUGAGGCCGGAGUCCAGUGGGCUGUGGCCGAAGAUGCAGAAGCUUUUUAAGGGGAGCAAGUCACCUACAGCGAGGCACCAAGACAGUCUGAGGCUGAGUACGAGCUUCAGGGCUAUCAAGAGAAAACUGUACAGUUCGGGGGAGCUGCUGAUAGAGGAGUGCUGCUGACCAGGAGCUGUGUCUCUGAUAAACUGGACUGAAAUCAUGUGAGCAAUGAAAGAAGGCUUUAAGCAUUGUCUUGUAUCUUAUGGCUCCAACAGGCUUUUAAUGGCACUGACAAGACAGCCCUAAAAUAAAGUGUUACUCUCUUUGUUGGCUAAUGUAAUUCAAGGUUUAAGGAACCAAGUGAUGUGUCAUGGCAGCUGCUCACCUGGUGGCAGGUGACUCAACAGUGAAGACUCAUGCUUUAAAGUGGGUCACUUAACUUCCUAUGAAUGUAAAACCCCAUCCUUAAGGGAAUGGCUUAUGUAUUUGAUAGUCAAAUAUCAUCUGAAACUUGAGUGUUUUGUAUCUGCAACAACUUAAAGAACAUGAACAAAUAAAUUAUUUUCUACUCA